AUGGCGACUUUGAACUUUGCCCUGGUGAAUAAUACGGGCUCGAACACGGUUUACGCAUACAUCACCGGAACCGCCAUUGAUAAUAACAAUUCCCUCUUCCUCUUGGGAGCAGAUGGCAAAACGGCCUAUUACCCCACAUCCCCCUCGGCGACUCUAACCGGGUUGAGCCAGGACUGUGGCAUCCCUCUCGGAGCAUCUGGCAGUACCAAGACGGUCACCAUCCCUCACAUCGCAGGCGGGCGUAUCUGGUUCGCUCGCGAUAACAAGUUGACUUUUUAUCUCAACCCCGGUCCCGCAUUGGUGGAGCCCUCGGCCUCAAACCCCUCAGAUGCCAACUAUAACGUGUUCUGGGAUUUUUGUGAAUUCACUUGGAAUUCGUCGCAGUUGUAUGUCAAUAUCAGCGACGUGGAUUUCGUGUCUCUGCCCAUCGCCAUCGCUUUGACGAAUACCUCCGGCACGACAAGUUCUGUACAGGGCCUUCCCUCAAAUGGACUGACUACCGUUUGCAAUGCACUCAAGGCGCAGAAUGCAAAGGACGGCGCAGGCUGGGAUCAGUUGAUCAUCGCCAAGAACGGCACCAAUAUCCGCGCUGUCUCGCCAAAUAUAGGAAUCGUCCUCAACAACUCUCUUUUCAGCUCAUACUACACUGCCUACGUCAAUUCAGUAUGGUCCAAGUAUGCGAGCACGACCUUGACGGUCAAUACGCAAGCCGCCGCGGGCGAUGUAACUGCCACUGUCUCGAAUGGCACACUUAACUUCUCGAGUGGGGGCAUCUCAUACGCGAAGCCCUCCACCGGGGACAUCUUCAGCAACAGCUCAGGGGCAUUCGCUGUCUCGGGUAAUGCCACCAAAGAUGCUAUCACGGCGCGUCUAGCGGCGGCUUUCAAUCGAUCUACUCUGUUAACAAACACCAACCAGCCGAAUGGCGAGGUUGUAUCCAACUAUUAUCAGAACACCGUCACCAAUCACUACGCGCGUAUCUGCCAUGCAACUACGAUCAAUGGUCGCGGAUAUGCCUUCCCCUAUGAUGAUGUCAGUCCAAACGGAGGUGUCGAUCAAUCAGGUAGUGUCUUUGAUUCGAACCCGAAGUUGUUGACUGUUACUGUGGGUGGUGGCUCUGCAAGUGCGGUCGCCGAGAAUGUUAUUUCUCAGCCGAGUGGUGCACCUCCAAUUCCCAAGAAGCCACUUCACUUGGGUGGACUCAAGAAGGUCUGGCAUAAGUUCUCAGGAAGUGGAUAG